AUGCAUUCCGUUCUGCUGAUGAUGACACUCGCGAUGAUCUCUGAUCCGGCUUGUGGUAGGUCUGGUUAUGCCCGGGCCUUUAUUAAUUUUAUGGUAAUUUAGGCAACGAUGUAGAGAGAUUCGUAUUUGACCCAACAAAUCUGGAGGCAUUGUUUCACAGCAACGGGAUCAGUGCGUUUUUGAAGGUAGGAUUUUUAAAAAUUCCGUGUUAUGACCAGUGGUAAUCCGCGACACGUUUUCCGGAUUUUGGGCCGGCCGCGUCUAGCGCUUUUUAGGCCUGCCGCGGCCCGUACAGGCUCGAUUUGGUGCCGAAUUUCGUGUUAAAAGCUCCUUUAUAGAGGUACUCGGCAAACUACGGCCAAGCUUGGGAACUAAAGUUAGGUAAAAAAAAAGGUGUUGAUCGCUGGCAUACGAUUACCAUAAUAUUAGUUUUGUGGUUUUUAAGGUACCUUCCAAUAAAAUGUACCUGUUUUCUUUGAUCCUACCGCCUCUUAAGUGCCAAAAACUAAACGUUUUAGAACUUGAGAAAAUGCAACUACAACAACGUCAUUGAAAGCUGACCACCCUACCCCUGGUUAUGACCCACUCUUAAAAAAAUGCUAUUUAAAAAAAUAAUUCCUACAUAUUAUUCAUUUUAAGCUAGCAUAAAAUAAAAUUUGUAAACCUGUGAAAAAUAGAGCGGAAGGGGGUUUACGUAGGACUUUAAGUCAACUUGUGACUGAUUUUUCACCCCUAAAACCCGAAAAUGAGCAGCUAAUUUUUACAUAUUCUUAAUCAGCAUGAUUUAACGGAUUUUGGAGGUAUCUCCCGUUUAAAAUUAGGAACCCCAUAAAAGUACUUUCCUUGUAAGAUUUUUAAUUAAUUAUCAGGCCAAAGCGAAUUCGGUGUUGAAAGAGGUCCACCGUGAUGACGUCAUCGUGUUCAGUGAAUGCAUACGAAAUAAAACCAGUCCAUUGUUGUACUCGAGAUGUCUGGUGUCCUUGAUGAACUCUCGAGAUCGAAUGAAAGCUAAUUUAAACGAUCCCUGGGAUUCGAAUAUCGUCGACGACGUAGCCCAACUCCUCAAACCGCCCAUGAAAUCGACGCCUACUGUAAAAUUUAAAAAGAAAUCGAUUGGGAUUUGGAAAGAACAACAUAAAAAAUUGAGGAACGUGAUCAAAACAGGGAGCUCAAGUAUAAUGAGACCCCUUAGAGGAUUGAAUUUACUGACUGGACACUUGAUGCGAAAGAGGAGGAGGGUAUACGGUAGGAUUAUUUUAAUUUUUAAUUAUUUUUUUCGCAGAGAGUCCCUUCAAAAAUGUCCUCAAAAUCCAGAAAAUGCAGGAUUUUUUCUCCAAAAUGGAGCACUGUAACAAUUAUUUCCGAAAAAUAAAGGAAGAAAAUGAACGGUAAAAUUCGCUUAUUAGUAUAUUAGGUUGGCAACUAAGUUAUUGAAAUUUUCUUUGCAUUAUUCCACAGACCUUCUUAAGUCAGUAUGGCUAGUAUCGCACUAUCCCACCUGUAGUAGGGUUAGAGUACUAUCAAACCCAGAGACAUCGAACUCGCAGCUCGCGUGUUGGUGUAGUACCUUGAAUUUGAAUAAGAGCAAUUUUGAGUGGUCAUUUUUCAGUGCCAUGCAGUGCCUUUAGAACUCGAAUGACAUAAUGCUAAUGUACAACGUUUACAACGUCAGGACACCUUCAACAGUCUUGUGAUAACAUUUUGUCCCAAAAGGAUCAAUAGAAAUUAUUACGACUUCGCUUAAAAUUAGGCGGUAGGCUGUCUUUCAAGGUGUUGCACGAGACGCUAAAGAAGGCAGCGCGGUUAAGUCUUCGGGUAGUGACAGAGCUAUUCACUACGAACCAAAUAGUAGCAUAAACCGUCUUCCUUCUUGGAGCAUGACAUAAAGUCGCGACCGAAUUUAUCUUUAUGACCUGACUAGUGACUCCCAAAAAGUUAACCGAGUAGUUGCUAUUUUUUUCCAAGACCAUUGAGCCCCUGAUAAAUCUCGGGCCCUGAAAAAGGACGUCUAUUCUCUUUGUUAAAAAACCAUACAGGAGCCAGCGACCCUAGGCGCGGUAUCCUGAAGUUAAGACCGAACAGACCCUUUAUACUCGAUGAAAGUAUUUUUAAAGAUUUUAGCAAAUUUUUUAUGCGCUAUGGUCUCGGGAAAAUUACCAACACAGGGUAUUGCUCCUCCGAAUAUGUUUACAUGGGAGAUAGAAAAGAUUCGGGCUGCGAGCAAAAUGAAAUCUAGAAUAACCACUUACAUCGGGAUGCCUGUUUGGCCCGAUAGAAAUAAUGACCGUAGAAAAUUGUCAAACAGUCCAAAUAGACUUUGCUUUCCUAAGUGUUGUGAAGUACUAAUGUUACUCUCUGUGGCGUAUAUCACACCCAUUUGGCUGCGCACGAUCUAAGUUAUAAAAACUUCAGUAUAAAAGAACAUCUAGAAACCGACUUCAUGAAAUCAUCAAAGCCUAAUUUCCCUAGUUUCUCUGUUGGUGGUGCCACUACACAUUCAGAUGAUAAGGUUUGUAUUGUUGUUACUAAUAGUCGGUAUUAUAGUUGUUGACUGUCAAGCCUUUAAAAGGUUAUGGCAAAAACAAAAGGAGUCAAAAAUUUCAAUAACUUAGUUGCCAACCUAAUAAUACAUUUUUUUAAUCAUUUUAUAUUUUUUUUAUUUUUAGCAUAAUUUCGAUAAUUUUUGCAUGAAUCGUUUCAGAGUUCUGUCAUCAUAUGGUUAUAAGGCCAAAUUCGAAACAAAAAACGAAGGAUUGAUCGAGGAAAUGUUGCAGAAAUUGCAGGCAAUUCUCGAAGAUCUCGACUUCCAGAAAAUCUCGGUUCUCUCCCCGAAGAUUUUGGCCUUAUUUCCCAACUCAAAACGUCCUCAAUUCUUGUCUCCGGAGAUUCUAAACUUUCAAAAUACGGGGAUUCUUCCACUUCCACAACUCUUCAAAGUAAGUGUUGCCCAGUGUAACAAAAACGUAUAUAAAUUUGAUGUCAAUUCGGACUUUAGUUGAUCUCCUCGAGUGAUUCGGAGGCCUUAUUCUGGAUGGAGCUGCUUCUGGAGAUGGUAGGGGCUUCAGAAAAAUUGGAUUCCUUCCUGGAAAUGUACUCUGCCGAGAUGACCCGGAUGGAUUCUUUUAUUUACCCGAGGAUUCUGGAACGAGAACGGAAAGAAUAUUUACUCAAGAAAGCUCUUGAUGCAUCCACGACGAAACAAAGCCGGGAAUUGGAAGAGAUCGGCUUCACAUUUCUGAGCAGAGGCCAGGCCCGGCUUCUCUUCGGGUCCGAGGAAGGUGAGAAUUCGAUAUAUAUAUCUUACUGUAAUCGAUGCCAUUAAUGAGGGCAAAAUGUAGUUAGAAUGGGUUAGAGUUUGGGCAAAUGGCGUCAUUUCGAAGGAGGAUGGAAGUAGUUGAUCCAAGAUCUGCCCUUUUGAUUUACGUCAUUUCAGCGGCGAUUUACGACGGAGUAGACGCGAAAGGGCGCGAUAAAAAGCUUGAGGAAAGGAUUAGGAAGAUAAGCGAGCUGGAAGAGAAUCAGAUCAAGCUCAGAGGAAAGAGACAAGAGCCAGGCCCAGAGGGGGAACGGCGGGAAGGACCAUUCAGUGGAUUACACGUAUUGGAACCCUUUGCAUUCAUCAGUAAUUUGAGGUCACCCCCGGUCUUAGAAGGUCUUAUCCUAAGUCCUCAUGCUUUUGUCACCGAAAUAUUACGGCCAGAACUUUUAACUGUAAGCGACCGCAAGCAUUCUUCCAACUUGUGUUAUUUUAGACAGAUAUCCUCUCUCCCCGUGCAUUUAUUCCGACGAUUCUGAGCCCUCAAGCAUUGAUUUCCCGAGUCUUGAGUCCGGCGGCCUUCAGGUUGGAAUUACUCAGCCCCACGGCACUGAUCGCGUGGGUGGCGACGCCUGAAGCGCUGAUUGCCGACAUUUUAUCUCCUCGCAUGUUGGAGACGCGAAUCGCUUCACCUGAGUUUCUGACAGUGCAGAUCUUAUCUCCAAGCCUCCUCUCGCCCAAAUUCGGGUCCGAUGAGACCCUCUCCUUCAACGUGCUCAGCCCUAACAUUCUGUCGCCCCGUUUCGAGAGCAAGGAGAAGAUGGUUGUGGAGAUUCUCUCGCCCCACAUUCUUGGUGGAGGCCAUCAGCCCUCCGAUUCCCAGAUCCAAAACCAGCCCUGA